AUGUCCGAGUACUCACACGUCAUUAAAGGCGCUUUAAAACUAAAGACGGAGAGUAAAAUAAUGAAGCCGCAAUCUAGGAGAUCUAAAAAGCACAAGAAGCAUGCUCUCAAAUCCCAUGAAAAAAAUGACCCUAACGUAGAAAUUAUUGAGGAGAAAAAUGAACCGAAGAUUACGAAGACCGCCGCCGAGGUUGAAUUCGAGAAAAAGAAAGAAAAGCGGAUGAUGGAAAGGAUUUUAACAAAGGCAGAAAAGUCACACAAACAGCGAAUCAUGGAAUUCAAUGAACACCUGAAUUCUAUGAGUGAGCAUUUCGAUAUUCCAAAGGUAUCAUGGACAAAGUGA